AUGAAGCUCACAGGCAGCUGCUACUGCCGCGCUUCGCAGUACGAAGUCAACCUAAACUCGGCAAAUGAUGCCCGGACAUCACUAUGCCAUUGCCGGAAUUGCAAGAAAGCCUUCGGCACCAACUAUGGUCUCACAGCCAAAAUCCCAAAAGACGCGAUUCAAUACACGCAAGGAACGCCCAAAGAACACGCCGCCGACAACGGCUCCGGGACGGUGCUGUUCCGCGAGUUCUGCGACAACUGCGGCAGCUUCAUCCUCGA